GCCCAUCCCUAAAAACGUGUAACAAACACGCGCGAUUUGUUUUUCUAUUUCAAUUCAAUUAUUAGAUUGCUUAAAUGGCUCUUCUCACAGAAAACCGCAAAAAACAGAAGCAAGCUCCGCCCUCCGAAAGUUCCCAAGGGGAAUCCGAAUCGGAAGGCAGUCAGGAAGCUGGAAGCGAUGUGGAGGGCAACGCCGGCUGGGCUGAUUCCAUACUGAAAGUACUGAAAACCACCAAACCCGAGACACAAAACAAAACUGUGUUGGCCCGUGCGAAAAACAGCCAGGGAUCCGUGCGAUCGCAGAAGGCCAAGAGCGCUAAGAAGCCCGACUACGACUUUGAGAUAGAAAAGGCAGAGGUGAAGGACGAAGACGAUGAUGAUGAGGAGGAUGUUAAGCCGGAGUCAUCUGCUCUAGAUGCCCAAUUGACCAAGCAACAGAGAAAGAAUGUGCCCCUUCAGCUGCGCGUGAAACCCAGCUAUAGGGACAUGGAACGAGAACGAACCCUACGAAAAGUUGCCACCCGUGGUGUGGUCCAGUUCUUCAAUGCCGUACGUAUCCAGCAGAAGGAUAUACAGCAGCAGCUGGAGGACGCUGGCCCCCUUGACAGCCGGCAGGAUGCCGUGCUCAACAAUAUAAACAAGCGCAAGUUUCUUGACGUUCUGAUGAGCGGCAAGAGAGCUAAAUCCACAGCCAUCGAUAAUUCUGUAAAGAAAGAGGAGGAUGACUCCGAUGAGGAUGAUGAUGAAGACGAGGAUGAAACUGGUUUAUCUUCCCAAGGUAAAAAGAAGUCGGAAUGGAAUGUCCUGAGAGAAGAUUUUAUGACCAACAAGAAGAUCAAGCACUGGGACGAGGAAGACGAAGAGGAUAGUGAUCAGCAGAACCAAAACGAUGAUGCGGAGGAUAGCGAUGAAGACGAGAAUUAGCUUUAAUGAUGCAAUAAAUAUUAGCUUUACAGUUAUAAGAAAA